AUGGGAUCUUGCUCCUCAUAAAAAAUUCACAUACCCUUUUCUCCAUCAAAAUAAUGCUAAAUUGCUGAAGUUCAAGCUUUUCCGAGAAUGCCAUGGAUUAAUAAAUAUCUGCAGUAACCUUUACAAAGAAUAAUUCUGCCCUACAAUCCUAACAGUCAUGAAUACCAAUACAAUGUCGAAGUUGAAGGUGUAAUAUUUGACGAAAUAGCUCCACCUGACUUUCUUGAUGAUGAUAUUUUAGAACCCAUAGAAGGCGAUGAUUGA